AUGCCCACAAACUUCGGUCCUUCCGGUUCGGGCUGUACUUCUUGUGCCAAUCGCGGCAUCAACAGGUGGUCGCGAGUCAUCGAAAGACAUCCAAUCCUUAUAUUAGUGACAGUUUUGGUCGUCAACUGGACUUUGAUUGCGAUUUCACUAUACAAUCAUCCGUUGCCUUCAUUUGAUGACCCAUUGCUUGGAUUUGAAGUCCGCGGCUCUCAAGUGGCCAAACGGACCAACUCUUGGAAACUAGUCCUCGACAACACAUUCAAUGACGCCAUUGUCAGCCAUUACUCCAAAAAUGAGUUUAAGAAUGAGUCCAAGAGUUCCAACGCUUUGGAUGAGGAAGAGGUGAAACGUAUCGAAGAAAUGGAUUCAAAUCCCUAUAGAUCUCGAAGUCAUAAUCUGAAGAGGAAUCAGACGUUUUGCGGACCAAUACUUGAAGAUUACGUUCAGUUUGUGGUCGAAUCCUCGGAUCAAAAUGACUUGUUUUCCGUGAAUUCAAUGAAAACUUUGUGCCAAAUCGACAGACAAUUACUUCGCAUGGAAUCGAGUGAUGGACACCAUUUGUUUGAAGACAAAUGCGAGACCAGAAGUUCUGGUCAUUGCUGUAAGAGUUGGUCUCUUCAUAAUUACGUAACUCUUUUGGCGCACAAGAACUCAUGCGAUGGCAUCGAUGAGAGAGACAUAAUGGCAGCCAAACGUCUAUUGAUGUCAUGUGCGCCCUAUUAUCACAACUUACAGCUGAGUCAGGGAUGUCUCAGUGAACCGGUGUUGUGCCAAAAGGUACCCAAACAGUGCUUCCAAUCGGAGAAUGCAGUCUUCAAUCUAAUGCACUAUUUGGUGGACAAAGACUUCCUGAACCCCAACACUCCCAACAAAACUCGCGUCAAAUAUACGAAUAUUUUUCUUCCGAUCGCCAAAAGCACUGAAUUAUUGCAAUAUUUUAGACGAUUGUCUACUAAUGAGCUGAAAAUGAAUGGCUUAGAAGUGGUUGCGAUGGACUUGGGGCUGAAGCACACACUGUUCGAUGAAUAUCUGAUCCACGACACUAUUUUCUUAUUCAUUGCAUUUAUUGUGAUAUUGCUGUCAUUAUUCGUUUACACCACUUCACUCAUAGUCACAACUGUUACGCUCACCACAAUUGUCACCUCAAUGGGAACCGCUUACUUCUUCUACACCACUGUCUUUAGAAUCUCUUUCUUUCCAUUUAUGAAUUUAUUAGCCGUUGUUAUCGCUGUCGGCAUUGGUUCCGAUAAUGCAUUGAUUUAUUGCAAAGUGUGGCAAAGCAUCAAAUCGGACAAAACGAGUGUUAUAUUCGUGAAGUUAAUUCGUGACACAUUGAGCCACACGUGGGUCUCAGUGUUGGCCGCCAGCGCUACCACUGUCGUUGUGAUUACACCUAAACUAAAACUUCCAGAUUCUGAAGAGUUCCAGAUUUUUAGUGCCAAUCAUUACUUCGAAAGAUAUGACUUGGAGUUUAAGAACCAAUUCUGGUUUAAACGCAUUAGGGAUCAGAAUAAUGACUACUUAUACUAUAUGCCCAUUAGAGUAGUAUUUGGUGUCGACGCUCAAGACAAUGGCGAUUACCUAAACCCUUCGAGUAGGGGUUCAUUACAAUUAGCUUCAAAUUUUGACAUCUCUUCCCAAAGCAGCCAAUUAUGGCUCUUUGAGUUCUGCAAAGACAUUCGUAACCAAAGCUUUUAUAGGCCCACAAUCGGACCCUUACUCUCAAACUGUUUUAUCGAGACAUUCAAGUCAUGGAUGGAAGACCGGGAAUGUGUGGAUGAUAUCAAUCAUGUGGACCGAAGUCCUUGUUGUAGAAAUUCUCGCUUCCCUUACAAGCCAUUGGUUUUCGACAUGUGUUUGAAUAAAUUGAUUGACUUAUUGGGCAAAACUCCCGAUUAUUUCCUGACCCACCACUGGGCCGGACCUCGAUUUGACAGGAAAUCUCUGCAAAUGGUGGCCGCAGUCGUCGAGUAUGACUCCAUUUACACGUUCUCUCAUUCUUUUGUCGAAAUGAAUAAGUUUUGGACAGAAGUUAAUGACUGGGUUUCCAACCAAAUGAGAAGUGCUCCCAAAGGCUUACGCGAGGGAUGGCUUAUUAGCAGUCAAAUGGACUUCUAUGCCCUCCAACUCUCACUGUCCGACGGAACCAUUAAAUCCAUUUUAUUCGCCGUUUUCUUCGCAUUCGUAGCACUCAUCACAACCACUUGCAACUGGAGGUUAAGUGUGUUGUCAACCAUUACUAUCUCAUCCAUUAUCUUCUCGACAAUCGCUAUAUUAGUGGCACUUAAUUGGAAACUCAAUGUUUUAGAGAGUAUUAGUAUUUUAUUAGCCAUUGGUUUGGCCAUUGAUUUUACGCUUCACUACAGCAUUGCAUACAAAUUGUCGACACAAGCGGAAAACCCAAUGAAUGCCAUUCAUUAUUCUUUGUGCCGAAUCGCGAGUCCAGUGGCGAUGGCAGCUCUCACCACAUGUAUAGCCGGGUUCUUAAUGCUGUUCUCCUCUAUCCUGGCGUACGUACAAAUCGGCACUUUUCUCAUUGUCUUAUCAUCUAGUCUAUUAAGUAUUUUUGGUUCGCAUACCACGAGUGGAAAACCGGAACCAUUGCUCUACUGUUGUCUUGUUUGCAACGAUUCCUCAAAUAAUGUCAAUUCAAUGCUCCAGAGCUCGACAUUGGAGUCGAUUACAAGUGAUUCGAAGCAAAACAAUAGGAAUAACGGGUCGAUUGCACCGACAUUUUCAAUGACGAGCUUUUUAUCUUCGAGUCCAACGGAGAGUACAUUAAGUGCUCAACACAUCCAAAGCCAAACAGAAUGCCAUGAAAUGCAACAAAUGGUCGAUUCAACAAAAUAAUGAAUCCAUAAAUUUCUCAAUUUAUUUUAAAUAUGAUCUCAAAUUUAGUGCCA